AGGGAUCGACCUCUUUUGUAUUCAUGGCUUUUGCCUCGAUAAUUGAUGUUACUAAGCAGAUAUUGACGGAGCUUUUACCUGAAAACACUCAUCCAAUAUUAGCACUAGCAAAAACAGAUCAAGAAAAGCACGCAAACUCUCAACAUAGCAACAUCUUUGAAGACGGGGAUGUAAAGCACUUAUCGUCAAAUAAAUCCGAACGGACAGCUUGGAUUCGACAGUCGUACAAAAAACCGCUAGCAGCUGCUGGCGUUCCACGCAAUUGUUCUUUAGAGGUUUGCAAGCCCACAUCAGCCGACUUUGAGUGCGAAAGGGCUCGAGAGCGGCGUCUUAGACGCCAAGCAACCCAGGGUGUUGUUGCGCUUUUCAAUGCCGUUAGGCAGCACCAAACAGUCGUUGAAAAGCAGCUAGACUCUUCAGGCCCCCUGGUCUUCCAGAAAGAAAAGGUUAUAACUGGUUUUACUGCGUCUGACUUUCUCGAUCGCUUGUCUGCGGGUCUUCCAGGCGUAAAAACCAAAUCAGCAAUCUCUGAAGAUGAUGUCCCUGAAAUAUCGUUCGCAGCCGAAAACGAGCAGUCCAAAAACGCUGCCGCCAACGCAGAUCAGCAGCAGCAUGCAGACUUCGAACAUAAAGAGAAUAUCCCGCCGCCAAAUUUACAGGCGGUGCGAGACCUGCACCCUAAUAAAGACCAGGACCUGACAAUGUUGAAGAUUAGUGCUCGUCACGACAUAAUGGAGCAGAUAUCCGCUGCCGUUCUCGACCUUGUUGCAGUCGACGCGAAAUAUUCUGCUUUGACGGACCUGUGUGCGACCAAAUACGAGAAGGCUGCCAAUUCGCCUCGGCGUGAUACUCCUGUAACCGACGUCCAAAAACGGUCUCCACUAGAGGUUCUAUAUACCUUCAUGAUCGGAGAGCUACGUGAUCAAUUAAGUAGUCUGCGAUUUUUUAUUAGGGAACUUGAUGUGAAAUAUUUUGAAGCGGCAAAGUCUGCUCAAGAACAAAUUGCACGACUUGAAAUAGACAAUAGAAGACUUGCAAUGGAGAUUGAGCGUCUCCGUACGCUUCGCUAA